CGAGAUUCGCGCCUAAUUUCCGCGAGUGGGUUCUCGCGAGUUUCGGGGAAAGCCGCGGCUCGGCCGGCCGUCGCCGACUUCGACGGAGACUCGUCCAAGCCGCCAAGUGCGCACAUCGUCGAAGAUCGCGUCGCGAAAUUUUCCACCGAAGGUCGUCGUGUUUUCGCGUCGAGUCUCAGUCUCCCGUGGUUGUCCCGCUGGGUUUCUCGUUUGAAAGAAAAGUCACCUGAAAGAUCACGCCGACGGAGAAGCGAGAGAACGGCGCGGCGCGACGCGCUCGUCAGCGCGUGACUCGAAUGAAACGAGGAGGAAUGGCGCUCAUCGCUGCGCACUUGGGCGAAUUUAAUUCGGCGACUAACGCGAACCGCUUUUCUCGCUUGUCGACGCGUCGCGAGGGUUGCACAGCACGUCGGCACGGUGUGUCUUAAGUGUGCGCAAAUUGGGAUCAUUGCGUCGUCAUUACAUUUCCGCUCGGCGUCGUGUCGUGUCACAAAAACAAAUGUCCGCGACGCGGCUGGCGGUCGGAGAGGUGCGAGUGUGAGGUGCGCGUCGCAUUCGCGCGGGGAUUCCCGCGAGCGGGGAUCUCUCGCGAUGACGAGGUACAAACCGGCCGAAUUCGAGGAUGAGGAGAGCAGCAUCGGCUCGGUCACCCUGAACAGCGAAGGUAUCAGCACAUCCGCCACGCAUAUAAGAUAUCAUUCGGCUCCGACGCUAUGGAAAGCGAGAAGUACUUUAGAGAGAUGCCUUUUAAUAAUGUGCACUACUUUGCUAUUAACAGUGUUCAUACUUAUCAGCUUGUUCCGCCACAGGCCUCAGUGGGACGAGGCGCAGAUUCUCCACGUCACCUCCCACGGAGAAGACGGCACGCAUUGCCUAACGCAGCACUGCGUGACGGUGGCGGCGUCCAUAAUCAAUAGUAUAGAUUACUCCGUCGACCCGUGCGACGACUUCUACGAGUACGCGUGCGGCGGUUGGCACAAGAAGAAUCCCAUCCCGGACGACAAGAGCGUGUGGGGCACGUUCGGCAAGCUGGAGCAGGAUAAUCAGCUGGUGGUGAAGUAUGUCCUCGAGAGACCGCUCAGCGAGAUGAAGUCGAAGGCCGAGAAGAAGGCCAAGUACUACUACAUGUCCUGCAUGGACAUGAACGAGACGAUCGAGGCGCUCGGCGCCAAGCCGAUGCUGGAGCUGCUGGAGAACAUCGGCGGCUGGAACGUCUCCGGGAAAUUCAACGUCAGCGUGUGGUCCCUGCAGAACAGCAUGCACAUUCUGCAGAACGUCUACAACAUGGGCGGCCUGUUCUCCUGGGCCGUGAACGAGGACGACCGUAACAGUAGUAGAUACAUAAUCCAAAUCGACCAGGGAGGCUUGACGCUGCCGACCGCGGACAAUUAUCUCAACGUGACCGAGCACAGCAAAGUGUUGGCUGCUUACUUGGACUACAUGACGACGAUCGGCGUGCUCUUGGGCGGCGAGGAGAACGCCACGAGGAAACAGAUGCAGGACGUCAUUGACUUCGAGACGAAGCUCGCGCAGAUCACCACGCCGCCGGAGGAGCGCAGGGACGAGGAGAAGCUGUACAAUCUGAUGUCCUUGAGCGAAUUGCAGCGCAGAGCACCGUUUAUGUCGUGGGUGGAUUACUUCCAAAACGCUACGCGCCUCGUGAACAAGAAGAUCAACAGCAAAGCGCAGGUCAUCAACUUCGCGCCGGAGUACUUCACGAAGUUGACGAAGCUCGUGCAGGAGUACAACCGGACGAGCAACGGGAAAAUAAUACUGAAUAACUAUCUGGUUUGGCAGACCGUGAGGUCCCUGGCGGCGCUGCUGUCGAAGCCGUUCCGCGAGGCCUACAAGGGCCUGCGGAAGGCCCUGAUCGGCUCGGAGGGCGACGAAGAGCAGUGGCGUUACUGCGUCAACGACGUGAAUAACGCCAUGGGCUUCGCGAUCGGCGCGAUGUUCGUCCGGGAGGUGUUUCACGGCAAGAGUAAACCCAUGGCGGAGGAGAUGAUCGACUUGAUCCGCAAGGCGUUCACGAAGAACCUGAAGAACCUCGACUGGAUGGACGCGGAGACCAGGAGGUCCGCCGAGGAGAAGGCGAACGCGAUCACCGACAUGAUCGGCUUCCCGGACUUCAUCCUGCGGCCGAGUGAACUCGACGAGCGCUACCGGGACUUGUCGGUCAAGCAGUACGAGUACUUCCAGAACAAUCUGCGCGUCAACAAAUUCAAUUUGCGCAGGAACCUCGAGAAGCUCGACCAGGUGGUGAACAAGAGCUCGUGGAUCAUGACGCCGCCGACGGUGAACGCUUAUUACACGCCUACCAAGAAUCAAAUCGUCUUCCCCGCCGGCAUCCUCCAGAGUCCGUUCUACGACAUGGAGAAUCCCAACAGCCUCAACUUCGGCGGCAUCGGAGUGGUCAUGGGGCACGAGCUGACGCACGCUUUCGACGAUCAAGGUCGGGAGUAUGACAUGCACGGGAACCUGAACCAGUGGUGGAACGACGCGACGAUAGAGAAGUUCAAGAGCAGAACCGAGUGCUUCGUCAAUCAAUACGACACGUACGAGGUGCAGGGUCGACACGUGGACGGCCGGCAGACAUUGGGGGAGAACAUCGCCGACAACGGGGGCCUUAAAGCGGCGUACCACGCUUACCGGGCGAUGCCUAAGAGCUACAAGGAUCAACUGCCCCUGCCCGGUCUCAACUUGACGCAUCGUCAGCUGUUCUUCCUGAAUUUCGCGCAGGUCUGGUGCUCCGCCGUCACCCCCGAGGCAGUCACCCUGCAGAUCGAGAAGGACUCGCACACUCCGCCGAGGUACAGGGUGAUAGGACCGCUCUCGAACCUGCCGGAGUUCGCGGCGGAGUUCAACUGCCCCAACGACUCGAAGAUGAACCCGUCUCACAAGUGCGAGGUGUGGUAACGCCUCGUGUCUCCCCUGGUCGACCGGUCGAUGAUCGGUCGGCAGUUCGGUUGAGCUCGCUUUCCAGUAUCGCGCUGCGACCGUCGGAGCUUCUGAUUCGUGCCGUUCGCGUAAUGGGAAGCACGUAACGUGAAACACGAGACUGUCUUACUUCGGCCAUCGGACUGUGCGUUUUUUAAUUCGACAUAUCACCAUUCACCGCGCGAGGAUGGUCACUUUGCGUUGAAUCGUCAUGAUGGGUUUAGCCGAUCGUUUUGCCACGCGGCGAUGCCGGGAGUCAUCGAGCGGGCUGAAGGAGAGCAGAGAGGAGAGAAUCCUCCUCGCGCCUCCUUCUACCGAAGGAGGAUUCUUCGGUGCUAAGUUGAAUAUUAAGCUCGUCGUUUGUAGCUCGUAAUCUCGGGACGCUCGGGAGGAACGGUCCGAGAUCGAUCUGGCGGUCAACACCUCUGUACCUUUAUGUAUCGUUUGCUUCUUCCUCGGCGCAUUUCAGUGCCAAAUUCGAGCGUACUUCGGAGCGAAUUUCCCUCACGCGACUCGCGCCCGAGUUUAUCAGAUCGCGCGAAAUUUCUAGAACGCGACGCCGAGGACGCGUCCUCGCCCGAUCUCGGUUUUGCUCUUGAUCGCUCAAGCGAGCCGCUUCCUGUCACUCGCCGGGAUCCGGCGAUUCUCGACGAUCACGGACAGGAGCGAGAAAAAUCGAAUUUCUCGUGCGAUUUCGCGUCGCGCACGCGAACCUCGAGCGAUCCGAGCCUCGCUCGGAGAAGAUAGACGAGGGAAACAGGCGGGAACGAAUCAGCGGCAAGCCAAACGUUUCGCAGGAGCGUACAGACAGGCCCGAAAUUGUCGUCGGAGUUGCUCGAGCAGAGUUGCACGAUUCGGGAAUUAGAGAAUCAAUUAUUUUCAUUGCAUUAGCGCGUUGUUCGCCUCCGACUUUUCUGGGGGGAGGGGGGGGGGAGUAUUCCUGCGAUCGGUAGCGAUUUUUUUUUGCGCCACUCAGUCCGAUCGCGGCUCGCCGGGAUCAAUCGAGAGCGCUCAACAAGGACUCGCAGCGUUGCUGCGACCGCUGAAGUAUCCUCGACACGCAGUAUAUAUCGUUUUUCACUUUUAUACACAUAAAAUCAGUAUUAUGCACGAGACUCAGUCGAUUCACUCAGGCGUGCGCGGAGCCACGACUGAGAAGUCGAUUCCUCGGGAACGAUGGUCGAGUUGAACGGGCGAAAGAAACGCGCUCGAGCGAUAAUUAUUGUCACUGCAAGACUGUCGCGAGAGAGAGAGAGAGAGAGAGAGAGAGGGAGAGGUGAGGUGGCCGUGAAUGCAGGAUCAAAUUGUCCACUCGCUUCGACCCGCGGAAAUUAAUUGGCUGAGCAGCUAACGAACGUGCGAGUCGCCCAGCAAUGGGCGCUUCGGCGCGUCAAUCGCAACGUCACGAGUACAUCGCGCUCGAAGAGUCUCAUCCGCAGCUGAUGAAAAGUCGCUUCGACGGCAGACGUUCCAAGAGAUUAGCGCUUAGGAUUCGACGACAGAGAUGCGAUCAAUAUUACCGGUCAAUCGGAACGUCGAAGCGUACGAGACGAGAACGGCUCGUGCGUUUGCACGCGAGACAAAAGGGAUCGGCGACGGAACUCACGCGAGAGCGAAUUUCAUUUUCUUCAUAUUGCAAGCAUUACGCCAAAAAGCGUCUCGUGCUUCAGUGUUUGCCCAGUAUUAACCGCCCAGUAUCGCCGAGACGCGCUGGCGGAUUUCGCUUCGGCGACGCGCGGGAACGAUGGCGCGCUUUUGAUAAUCUCGGCAGGACGCGAUCGGUAGGGCGUCGUAACUUUCGCGGGCAGGAUUUCGCGCCGUCAGCGUUUUAAGAGAUCAAGGAGCUUGUGGGUGAGUUUUUUAAUUCAGCGCAUUCUCAUCGGAUAGAUAACAGUACGGCGUCUCCGAUGUGUAUUUGAUAGCAUAUCUUUAAGAACGGUUUGAUGAGCGGAUUCAACUGAAGUCAAUAAUAAGCACGUGUGAUCGAAAUUGGUAGACAUCGACAAUUUGACACUUAUUUGUACAUAUAAUUCUCAAACGCGGAUUUUAUUUGUUAUUGAAAUAUGAUUUUUACAUGAUAUACGUAUCUUUUGAAUCGAUAGUAGCAGAGUACACUCUCUUAGCACUCAUCUCGACCGAAAUCCUAGAUGAUCGAAAAUGCAUUUUAACGUCUACAUCUGAAUACAGUGGCACUAUUAACAAAAGAAAUUGUCAAUUUUUAUGUGGUUUACACAUUUAAUUAAUGAUAAAUCUAUCUCACUGCCGUUAGUUGUUAAAGAUGAAGCAUCGGGAGGAAAAUCAGAAGAAGAUUCAUCUUUACACAUGUGUUUAAUUAAAUUAUAAUUUAGUAGCGUUUCCGCGUCAAUAAUCAUACACAGCCGUUAACGCUUUUAGGUUUGGAAAUUACUCCCACCAUAUUCAAUUAGUUCAGCUCAUCGAUGAAUAAAAUUACGCUUCGCUGCACUCGCGUUUCAUGCGAUGGAUCAGUCGAUGAAUUAAAAAACUCACCCUAUUUCGCGUAAGAGGUGCGCAAGACUGCUUAGAUGCUGACCGGACGGAAUCCGGACCGGACGAAAUCGCUCGGCGAGGCGACACGCAUUGCCGAUGUUCGGUAUUUUCCCGUUGAGUGCGCUCGAUCGAAGCUUCCCCGCCGUUCGUUGCGCGCGAGAGCGGCACUUCCGGCAGGAAGAACCGAGGGAAAUUUGCUUCGCGAGAAUUUCGAUGUUUGUUCUUCGCAAGCCUGGGAAACUGUGGCCUCUGUCACUUUGUUCAACUUCGCGUUGUCGAAAUUUGCCGACUGAUCGCCGCUUUUCUGGGGUUUCAGUUCAAUCGACCUGAUUUGUUUUUCCUUCUUUUCGCGGAGAGACGCGGUGAACGCUACGACGGUGAACAACACAGUCGUUGCCGUCGUCGUCGUCGUCGUCGUCGUUCGACUUGAUCUCGUACGUAACGUAAGCGUACUUUCUCUUUGCUUCGAGUCCGCAUAUAUACAGUUGUACAACAAUUCAUCGUAAAGUCUCAGCGACGAAGGCUAAAUUUUGUGAUCGGCGUGAUUUUGUAAAUAAUGUAAUUUACAGGUCAGGGGAGACUUGCGCAUCUGACUUGGCAGAGAGGCGCGCGCGGCGUAGGUUCUUGCUUAGAGUUACCGUUGAUAACCGUUGAUUUUAGCGUUUUAAUUAGUCGAGAAUGUAAGUCCCACUGCGAUGGUCAGCCGCGCGAGCGAAGCUUCGUCGAGGCUUCGCGCUGCGGCUCGUCGUGUUGUUGGACACGGAUCGACACGUAGCCGACGUAUCUCGGGAUUUACGAACGGCAUCGAAACUGCAUCGACGGACUUGUGUUAGUAGUCGCGCUCUUCCGCGAUUAACGUAUCGUCGCGCACUCAUCAUCAUCAUCAUCAUCAUCAUCAUCAUCCUCCGUAGCGCGCCGACCAAGGCUCCGAUAGCGCCGUGAACGUGAUAAUGUUGAAGCUCACACGAGCGAGUCUUGCACGCUUUCGAAGAGGAGGAAACAGGAAGGAACGCGAAAACGCCAAUCAAAAGCCGAUCUUUCUUAACUAUGUACACUCUGGGGGAGAGAAGGGGAAAGACAAAGAUGCGUACGCUCGCGUGCGAUGUUUUCCUCACAGCAGGGUGAGGGGGGAGGGAUUAAGCGGAGGAGAGGAAAUAUCACACGCGUAGCUGGCGUAGCACGUCGUCGCGCACAUCGCGCGGGACACGUUUACUACUGAAGCACUUGAUGAAGCUACUGAUGAACUUGCUCGCGAGAUGAUCGCCGCGGUGUUCGGCGAUUACGGCGAUGCGGUCGAUGAAUGCCGGUUAAUUGGUCAAAUAACACGUUCACCCGGUCGCGUCGUUAGUCCCCGGGGAGGAGGAACGUUACAGCUCCCUCAUCGAGACACGUUAAUUCUAGAGUGGCGUUAAUCCUAGAGGUCCACAUAUGCCGAUGCAAUUCAUCGGAAAUGACCCGGCGUGAUUCUCCACGACGCUCAAUUACGCUCGGCCUGUCUCUUCGCUUUUCUUUCUUUUCUCUUCGUGUCGAGCGGAGAAGUCGGGAAAUAUGUUGUCGUUGAGCUCGGCGAAAAAUCUUCGAGCAGAGAAUAAUCAAAUCAAUUAGUACAUUUUUUAUCCUAGAAGUCCACGGAUAUCCCGGUGCACAAUUCACCGGGAAGUGUCUUCAGCGGAGCCCAACGUGAUUUUCCACGACGCUCAAUCGCGCUCAACCUCUCUCUCUCUUUCUCUCUCUCUCUCUUUCUCUCUCUCUCUCUCUCUCUCUCUCUCUCUCUCUCUCUCUCUCUCUUCGCUUUUCUUUCUUUUCUCUCGCAGCGAAGAAGCCGGGGAAUUUGUUCGUUGAGCUUUCAGAAGAAUCUUAGGGCAGAGCAUAAUCAAAUUAAUCGGUACGGUUUUAAGAAGGGGGGACAUACGAUGUACAUCUCGCGACGCGAAAGGAUGCUAAGGUCCGUUGGACAUCUAGGAUUAAGUCUAGAGUCCCUCUGUGUGUGGAGAUUUAGGGUUAAGCUUAUCGAGAACUUGAGAAAUCGACGAUAAUGAACAAGGUAAAUCUCACGGGAAGGAGCAAAAUGCGGAGAAGAGGUGUCCCCACGUUCUAUUCUCCGUCGGGUUCGCCUCAGUUUCCACCUUUCUCUCCCCCUGUCCAUCUCUCUUUCUCUCUCUUACCCCUUCCGCAACUCGUUGAAGAAAUCAAAGCGACGUGAAUACCGCG